AUGAAGUACGUAAUUGGUCUUGAAUGGACAGUCGAAGCUAUGGUAGGCUCCAGCUUCGGAGAUGUUUAUCCUUCGACAGAAGGUGAGAUCUUUUUAACAAUAGUUUCUAUGGUUACUGGUGGUAUAUUUUAUUGUAAAAUAUUUUCAGAUUUCAGCAGUCUCUUAAAAAUCAGCCAACAAACCAAGAUGGAAAUAUGGGAAAAACAAGAAUAGGUAUAUCUGUUUGCAAAUAAGAAAUAGGUAUCCUAAAAGAUUUAUGAUAAAAUACAGCAUUUUUACAAUAAUUUUGAAGAUGGAUAGAAAAUAAUUAAUUACUAUAGUAUUAUUAAGGAAUUACCGACUUAGUUAUAACAAGAAGUAGCUCUGGAUAUUAAUGGUGAACUCAUUUCUAAUGUUUAAAUUUUUAAUUUAGGCUCGCCUUAGUUUGUUUUAAAAAUGAUUAAAAAGCUACAUCCUAAAGUAGCUGUUAAAGAUGAUUAUAUCAUUAAAAUUGGAGAGAUUGCAGAAGAAUUUUAUAUAAUUAGCAAAGGGAAAGUAGAAAUGCUUGGCGGUGAUAAAAAGACUGUAAAUAGAAUUUUAGAAAGUGGUUCUUAUUUUGGGGAAGUAGGUAUCUUACUCAAUCAAUAUAGAACCUGUUAUGUCAGAGCUUAAACAGAUUGUAUUUUGAUGUGCAUAAAAAAAGAAGAUUUCCUUUAGCUUUUAAAUUAGUUUCCAUAAGUUAAAGACUUUCUCAAAAAAGUCAGUUAAUAAAGGUUUGCCACAACUAAUUAUGAGAAUUUUAGUGCUUAAUAUUUACCUUAAAGUAGUUUUAAAUAAGAAAAUAUAAGCUAGCAACAUGUGCAAUUGAAAUAAAAUUUUUUUAAUUCUAAUCAGAAUAAUUUACUGCUUUAAAGACGAAAGAAAUUACCAUUUAUUGGUUUACGCUAGUGUGAUGAUUCAUAGUCUCAUAUUUAAAAUGAGUAAACUGAAGAGAUAUAAAAUCAAUAGCAGUAGAUUCAAAGUAGUGCAGAAAUAAUUUUUACUGAAGAAAGUAUUCAUUAAUCUUUUGACAAUUAAAACCUAAAAAGAAAAAUAUAGAAAAUAUAAUAAAGAAGUGACUUAAAGGUUUUAAUCUUAAAUGAAAAUAUUUUAAUUUUCUGGGUGUUGAUACUAUUAACGGUUUUAACUUAUAACCUCUUUUACUCCAUUUAUAGUAUUUGUUUUAAUGAUGAUUUUGAUUCUGAUUUAGCUAUUGUUUUUGAGGUUAUUAGCUUUGUAACAAAUCUUUUUGAUUCUAUAUUGUUCUCUAAGCUAUCAACAUUUUCCAAAAAAGACAAUGAUUUCAUUUUAAAUAAUAAAAAAAUAUUUUUUUAGUAUCUAAAUCAGGAGUUAUUUUUUGAUGUAUUGUCUACAGUUCCUUUUAGCAAUAUUUAUUAAUUAAUAUGUGGUAGUUUGAAUGUAAAAAAUGACACUUCUUUAGUUAGAUUGUUAAGAUUUUUAAGAUUAAUUAAAUUUAGAAGAUAUUGUUAAUAUCUCAUUAUUUUGCAAGACCAAUACAAAAUCUAAUUCAAAUAUAAUUCCUUCUUGACCUUAGCUUAUUUGUACUUUUUUAUGAAUCAUCUUAAUGCAGGGAUCAUGUAUAGAAUUUGCAAGUUUGAAUAUGAUAAUGCUGAUACUUCAUCCCUUGGUUUUUAAAUGAACAAUUACUCAAUUCAGUAGGAAAUACCUUUUAUGGUGAAAAAUGUUUAUGUUAACUUUUUAUAUUGGUCUUUCUGUGUAAGCACUCAAGGUGCUUAUGGAGAUAUUUGGGCUAUGACUUCAAUAGAAAAAACUUAUUAGGAUAUUGCAAAUAUUAUAUUUAAAAUAUACUUUUGUUACUUAUUUGCUCAUGUUUCCUUGAUUACUGAAGUAAAAAAAAGUAUGCUUGCACUGCAUCUUGAAGAGCUGGACUCUCUUAAACAAUGGUCAAAACUAAUAGGGUUGUAUUCAAAUAUAAAAGGUAGGAUUAGGAAAUUUUACAAUUACAAAUGGAUGAAGUAGAAAGGGAUAGAGGAUAACCAAAUAUAAGAUAGCUUGCUACCAGAAAAUAUCAAAGAAUAAAUAAUAAAAAAAGGAAUGAGAUUCAUAGUAGAAUUAAUUAAUCCUUAAGAUAAUCCAUUUUAAGGAGGAGCUAUUACCUAAUUUUUAAAAUAAUUUGAAAAAAUUUUGGUUCCUAGAGGUGAAUUUGUAUUUUAAAAAGGAGAUUUGGCUUAAGAGAUGUAUUUCAUAGAGGAAGGAAUAAUCUAAAUUGUAAAGUUUAAUGAUGACUUAAAAGAGGAAAUUUUAGGAGAGAUAUACAAAAACAGCUAUUUUGGAGGUCUAGAAUUUAUUAAUAAAGUUCCUACUCUUAGAAAGGUCUCAGUUAGAGCCAAAACAAAUGCUUGUCUUUAUAUGCUUAAAAUGUAGUCAUACAUAGAUAUUGUGUAGGAAUAUCCUUUUUGCAAGCUGUUUAUUGAAAAUCUUUUUCCUUUUAUGAAUAAAAAAGAGAAAAAAAUUUUGUAAGACUCAUUAACUUAAAUUAAUGUUGAAGAAAGUAGUUAGUAGAAUUUAAGUAGUUAUAAUAAGAGAAAAAAAUCAUUACAAAGCUAAAAUAUCUUCUUACACAAUAGCUCUAAUGUAGUUGAUUAAAGUAAUGACCAAUAAAAUAUUCUGAAAAGAUUAAACGAAAGCUAAAAGAGACUUAAAAUAAAAGUUAUAAAGUAAGAAAAUUUGGUUGUACUUAAUCAACAUAUUAUUUAUAAAAAUAAUGAGAAUAGCAACCAAGAAAUUCUAAUUUAUAAUGAAAUGAUUGGGUCUAUUAUUUAAACAAAACUCUUAUAUGAGAAGAUGUAUCCUCUUGCAACAUAAGAUCAGAUCAAACAGUAAAACAAUAAUUAAAUUUAAGUUGUUGAUGGUAGGAAUGAUUGUGGUGGAAAUAAUGAUGAAAAUAACAAUAAUAAUCAUUAAAUUGAAAGUUUAACACAUUUGUAGUCACCACAAGGAAACAUUUUUAGUAGAAUAUCAACUAAAUCAAAGAUAUUUUAAAGCACAAUUGCUUAACUUGAAAAUUAAAUUGAAGAUUUAGUAUAAAAAAAUUAACUGCUGCAGCAAUAACAAAAUAAAAAAAGAGUAAGUUUGUUUCAGUUUGAUGAAAGCAAUAAUAAUUUGUAAAAUCAUUAAAAGCUCCCUUAAAUAUAAAAAUAAUAGAAUGUAGAAUUGUGUUGUUUUAGCAAUAUUAAUUCAGAUGUAAAUUUAAUGGAUGAUAGUCCACAAAAAUAAGAAUACAAUUAAAAUACAGAAAGAAGAUAAUCAUCAAAUUAGUAAUAUCUCAAAAGUAUUUCUAGUUAAUACUAGUAAGCUUUACAUUAACAAAAUAAUAACUAAGUUAACAAAUAAAUUGCUCAUUUUAGAAGAUAAUCACAAGAUAACUCAUUUCUACAAAGCUUUAGUGAAAGGUAUUCAAAUAAUUUAUUGAAACCCAUUCUCGCAGGAACUGCUGACAGUUUGUCACAAAAAGUUAAUUUAAACGAUAUUAGAAAGAAAUCCUCAAUUCUAUUAAAUUUGCAAGAUUAAUUUUUUUUUGAUUACCUCUCAAGUCAAAAUAUUUUGAAAACUAAGCAACCAUUUAGCAGUGUGCCACCUUCGAUAGAUGAAUUUUUGUUAGAGUUAGACAGCUAAGAAUCUAAUGAUUCAGAGGAAGAGAGGAUUCAAAGUUAUUUUGAAAAUAAUUUGGAAAUAAAAGAUGAUAUUAUUGAUAUAAUUUAAAAAGAUUUUAAAAAUGUUUUAUUUAUUACAGAAGAAGAUUAAGAUGAAAUUCUAUAAAUGCUGAAUGAAUUAACAGACAAUGAAUAUAACUCAUGUCAUCAAAACAGUGAUGAAAAAAAAUAAUGUAUGUUUUAUGAUAAUUCAGAGUAAGAAGCUAAGCAAUAUAAUUGCAUAAAUACAAAUAAAGCUAAUUAAGAAUUUGUUUAAAAUAUUUAAGAAGAUAUUUUAUGUAACGAUAAUCUAGAGGAUAUUUAAAUAUCAGUAUUAAAUUAAAAUAUCUCAUUUUCUUAACUUAGUUUUGAUUUGGAAGAAAAAAUUGAAUAAAAUAAAAAUAAAACAUAUUUAAAGAAUGCAUUAAAUAUAUUAAAGAUUUUGUCUCAAGUAGAGUAUCAAGUAUCUUUAGAUUAGUAUUAUUUUACAUUGAUAAUUCCUCUGCACAUAGCUUUCACAACUAUCUCAUUUUACAACCCCAUUCUCAUUAUAAUUGAAAUUUUAGUUAUGCUAAAUGAAGUAAGAUAUUUGGUAAAAUUAAUUUAAUCUUAUAAAAAUACCAAUCAAGAAAUAUCUCAGUUAAAAGUUAUUCAAAGAGUGAAGGAAAUGAAUAAACUGCAAGAAAAAAUAUACUUACAAAAGAAUUUAAAAAGAAGAAAGAUAAAGCUUGCUUAUAUAAUUUUUACUCAAGUUCUUUUGUUGAUUCCUUUUUCAAUGAUUUUUGAUUUAAUUGAACUAGAACAUAGAAGAGACAAAUAUAUUUUAAUAUACCUUUAAUUGAUAAGAAUACUUCCUUUCUAAAGAUUAUUCAAUAUUUUAUCCAAACUGAGAAAAAGGAAUAUUUAUUUAUGCAAAGUAAUUGAAACAUUGAUUAUGUAUUUGUUAAUGUGCCACGUUAUAGGUUGUAUACUCAUAGUAUUAGGAAAUAUCGAACCUGAUUUUAAUGGAUCUUGGAAAAUUAAAGUACCUGCUCCACAAAACAAUUUUCCUAAUAAUUAUAGAGAUAAACUAGAAAUAAGCAAUUAAAGCUUAUACUUAUAAGCAGUUUAUUGGGCUUAUGUUACUACUUCUCAUGUAGGUGUUGGUGAUGUAACAGGAGUUAAUCUAAGAGAAAAAUUAUAUAGUAUAUUAAUUAUGUUCCUGUCUACAUUCACCCAUAUUAUAUUCUUUGGAAACUUCGCUUCAAUGGCUAAAGAUGCCGGUUUUAUUCUUAAAAUAAAGCUUGAUUAAAAGUAUGAAAGAGUAAUUAAAGCUGUCAGAAAUAUCAAUCUCACUUCUUUCUAGAUUCAAGUCGAAUCUUACUUCAACUUUAUAUGGAAUGAUUGUCUGGGAGUAGACGAGAAUUAGAUCGUUGAGAAAUUACCUUUUUCAUUGAAAGUAGACAUUCUAAAGAAGAGAUAUAAAAAUUGUAUUAAUAAGAGUAGUCUGUUCAAACUAAACUCUUGGUAGAUAGAUAUGAAUGUAGUUAAUUCAAUCUUGAGAUUCAUGAAAGUUAAAAUAUAUUUGCCAAAUGACAUAAUCGCAGAGGCUGGUAGAUCAUAUGAAGAUUUAUAUAUUUUCUUACAAGGAAAAGUAGAAGCCUUUUAAUUUAAUGGAAAAAAAGCUUAUGAAGGUGAAAUAGGCUACUAUUUUGGGGGAUCGCUAGAAAAAUUGCCUUUGACUGUUUACUAUCAAGCAAAAAAUAUUUGCAAAGUUGGUGUUAUUGAAAAGCAAUAAAUGUAAUAUCUUUAGAUAGUAUUUCCAGAUUGGUAUCAAAAACUAAUUAGCAGAUAAAAAAGAAAUUAUUCGUCUUAACUCUUAAAUUUAAGUUUCUUCUAAGAAAAUAUCCGCAACACCAAAAUAAUAAUUAACAGCAAAAAUAGAAUGAUAAAUUAUGAAAUCAGCGAUAAGUUAAAAGAACACUAUGAGCAAAUAGCAGCUAAUUUUUUUGAAAUAGAAAUAAGUAAAGAUAAGUAGCAUGAUAAGCUAGAAGAUAUACAAGUAUUUGAUCAAUUUAACAUGACUGAAGAAGAUUUAUCAGAAAGUUAGCAAUGUAACGCGAAUGGAUUCAAUCGCUAAGUUACAAUUAAUGAACCCCAAUCCCCAAAAGAGAAUGAUGUGGAGAGAUUUAGAAGAAGUAGAGAUAUAAAUAAAACAAUGAUUUGGAACUUUUAAAAUGUUUCCGUUUAAAAAAGCUAAGUGACUAUGUCAGAUUAUAAAAUUCAGAAAAACUAAACUUAUAACUAGCCAUUUAUUAUUUGUCUGCCUUAAAAGAGUAAGAAUCAAUAGUCUUAAGGAAAAUCUAGAGUUAAAGACAUGAUAAUUCUUCAUUUUAGUUACAUAUAUAAGCUAGUUUAAAUUAAAGAUGCAAGAUAUAAAUACUUUUUACAUCCUCAUUCUUCUGCUUCCUUCAUACUAUAAAUCAUCAAUCUUGUAUUUACCUUAUACAGUUUGAUUUUCACUCCUAUAUAUGCUUGUUUUGGCCUUCAAAUAUCCACUCUCCCUAUAUUCUUUGAAGUACUUCACACAGUCUAUUUAUGCUUGCAGUUAUUUAUAGAUUUAAGAACUCCAUAUUUUAAACAAGGAGUGCUUGUUACAAACAGUAAGAAGAUAUUUGUAGAUUAAUGGAAGUAUAAAAGUCUAAAGUUAAGAAUGAUUUGUAUACUUCCAUUUAACAUAAUUCUUUGGAAAAUUAACUAAAAUUAUUAGGAUAUAUCAUUUAUAUUAAAAUUAUUUUUGCUUUUACUGAGAGGAAUAAGGACUCUGUAGCUCUUUGUUCUAGAUGAAAUUCUCUUAAAAAUUUCAAUAUAAAACAAAUCUAAACAAAAAUUCUUAGAAAUUCUAACAAGUUGUAUAAAAUUCUUACUCUGGUGGCAUUAAUUUUCUUCUAUUUGGAUAUGGUAUGCAUAUAAUGUUUCUCUCCCGAAUUUUCCAGAAUAUAAUUGGGUAUAAACAAAUAAUUUAUAGGAAGCUUCUUUACUUGAGAAAAUAUUAAAUUGUCUAUUCUUCGUAAUGAGUACAGCUACUACUUGUGGCUAUCCAAGCAUGAAAUCCAAUAAUGAUAUGGAAAGAAUAUUUUUUAUUUUAACUAUAUAUUUUGGAAAUGCUAUUAUAGCUUAUGGGUUUGGACUUAUUGCUGAGUAAUCACUUUUAUUGCCUGAAAAAUAUCAAGAAAUCAAUAAUAAAAUUAAACAGUUUAGACUUUUAUUAAACGAUGGUUAAGUUGAAUAAGUUAAUAAAUAAAUUCAUAAAAAGAUAGAACAUUGCUAUUUGUACAAAUUACAUUCAAACUUAUCAGUUGACUAGGAUCUGAAACAAAUUCAGUCUCUUAUUCCUUAGACAUUAUAUGAUUAGCUUUAUCUUAGCCAUUAAACAAAAUACUUACAGAAAAUACCAAUUUUACUAGAGUUAACUAAGUCUAUUAGAUUCAGAGAUAUAUAAAAGUACAUAGAACUUAAGAUUUUCUUGCCUUAUGAUUUCAUCAAUACAAAAAAUUCCCAUAAUUAAAAUUUAUAUUUUGUGAGCAAGGGUAGUGUGAAUAUUCUUUCACCAAAAGAGGAUACUGUACUUAAAACUCUAAAUGAAGGAGAGUAUUUCAGCUCAGUAACUUUAAAUAGAUAUGGAAAAGUUUAUUUAUGCAAUACCUUUACCCCUAAUUUUGCAGAAGUAGUUUAAAUUAGAUUAAAAAAUAUCAAAUAAGUUUUCAAUACUUUUCCUGAACUCAAAAAAACAAUAUAAAAAAAAGCAAGGAAAUAAACACAUAUUAUUUUAUCAGAAAAUGAAUUUUAAAUGAAUAUUCUUACUAAUUUUUUAGAAGAUGAAGAAGAAUAAAUAAAUAAUUAUUCAAAGUUCAGAAAAAUAAGUAAUAAAGAUAAUGAUUUAAGUUAAUCCAGAAUUUAGAACGAAUAAAAUCAAAAUAUUUCAGAGGAAUAAAAUUCAUCAAGCUAUGAAAAUUUAAAGAUGAAAAAUUUCAUUAAAAACAUUCAAAGCAAAAGUUAGAAAUAAAGGUUUAACAUUUCAUUACCUAAUUUGUGUUAAGUUAACCAUAAUUAAGAAAAAUAAUUUAACAAUUCAUAGUAGAAUUUAUAAAAAGAAAAUAUCAGCACAAAAAUUCCUUCAAUGAGUAAGAAAAGUUUUAAUGAUAUUAAAAGGGAUUUUCUACUUGAAGACGAAGAUGGGUAUAUAGUAACUGAAUAUAUUUGCACUGAUGAAAGAUAUUCUUCAAGCGACUGUUCCUCAAGUUCAAGCAAUCAAAGCUCUAUAGAUAGUGAGGAUUAAAGUGAUUUUAAUUAAAAUCUAGCAAUUUAUAAAAGAAAAUCCUAUCCUACUUCAAAACCCAUGCAAUAUUUCAAAAGUAAAGAAGCUACUAAAGACAAAUAAAUUAGUAGCUUUAAAAAAUAUUAAAUAUAAAAGGAGCUAAAAAAAGAGUUUAAAUAAGUUACUUAGAAUUAAAAUGAUAGCUUAUAUUAAAAUAAAGAAUAAUGGUAGACAAGCAGUUAUCCUAAAAACAUAGCUCUGUUUGAACAAAGUAUUAUUAAAUAUUAUUUACUAUAAGUAAAUUUAUUCAUUUUUUUUAAAUUAAAGUACGAAAAAUUUCUAGCUCUAAAAUUAAAAAGUAAUAUACUUAGACCUUGA